UGCCCUACCGUCUUGACCAUCUAAUAAUUCCCUCGUACAGUUGGGCUUGACUGCAUAUACUCGCAAACGGCCUUUCUCCUCCCCUCCCCGGAAUCUCGUCCCGUGUUCUGCUGCUGUUACUGCUGCCGCUGCCGCUGCCGCUGCCGCCUUGCUUACGCUCCUUCUAUCUCUCAAUCUCCGGGGAUUUCGUACAUACCACCCGACCGAUUCUUCCCUUGUGUUGGUGGGGGUGUUUCUAUGUUUUGAGAGAAAAAUACCACCCUGCUUGGAAUUUUUCUUUGCGAGUUUCCGGGGCCACUGAGUUGCCACUGAAGUUGCGCUGCGUGCUUUCGCUUUGCUUGCCCGUCAGCAAUAUGGGAGGAUUCUACAUGCAGUAUCUCGAGAGCCUGUGCCGGCGUCGUGGGUGGCGAGACCCUUCGUACGAGUGUUACAGAGAUCCCAGUGGCUACACGUGCCUUGUCCUGGUAAACGGGCGCGAGUACCAGACGGACCUGGCGUACGAAUCGGAUCACCUCGCCCAGGAGAACGCAGCCAUGAGGGCGUUCAUGGUGUGCCGGAAUUUUUCUGUCAACGGAGGCAUGCUCGCGCGCAACGGGAUUGUCCAGGGUCUCCCAGCCAAUGAGUCCACCAGGCGCAAGAAAUCCCGCCAUGCCUCGUCCGGCCACGGCCACGGCCAGAAGGAGAGCCGCCACAGGUCUGGGCACCACUCGAGCAGCAGCUCGACCGCAUCCUUCGAGUGAGGGACCAACGAAAGGAAAAAAAACGAAACAAAAAAAUCCAAAAAUUUUUGAUUGCCGCUUUCCGAUGGAACUGCGGCCCAGAUACGAGACCCCAUCGGCUAAUUUUCAACCAAUGGAUUACAAAGCGAAGAGACAGAGAGGCGUCUAAGAUUGAUAUAUAUACACGUGGUGAAGCUUCACAGCUUAUCCUCAGGCAUAUUCCGCGGAAUACCCCCAUUCACACAGCAUUGAAAAUCCCCCUUGACGAGAAAGGAGGAAGAGACAAAAGUUUGCAUACAUCUACGAUUUUUACGACCUGACGAAUGAAACUGAAACGACCGUUAUGAAA